UCAGCCACAAGAGCUCAUGAAUUUGCAGUUUUUGGCUGUCUCUCUACCUUUCCACCUCACAUCUCACUAUCCUCGUUGACAAAAGACACCAGAAGAUUCAAUAAGAGUCUAUUAGUAUUCGGUCUCUCCAUCGUCUUGCCUAACCUUGACCUCGUUCUAAAGCUCCACGCUUUUCACCUUCCACACAAAACCCUCAACCCAAUACUUCCCCCACGCAUUUCACGGUUCGGCAUACACGAGCUCUACAACAUCUGGAGACUUUGCAAAGUGGAAAUAGGGCUUGUACGCCCGUGUCAAUAGGAGCUUCGACCUUUGACCAACGUGGAACUGAGGUGCUCAUCCCAAAUCGUCACUAUGUCUAUGUCCAUUGAAGAGUUGGACUCUACGGUCCGCGCGUUCUACGAGGGACGCGGAGAUAUUCAAAAUAAAGCCCAAGCGACCCUGAAUCAGUUCAAGGAGAGCCCGGAUGCAUGGCUUCUGGUGGACAAGAUCCUCGAAGAUGCGACAUAUCCGCAGACGAAAUAUUUGGGACUUCAGGUCCUAGACAACGUCAUCAAUACUCGGUGGAAGGUUCUGCCUCGGGAACAAUGUCAAGGCAUCCGCAACUUUGUCGUCAGCUGCAUCAUCAAGCAUUCUUCAACCGAGGAUGGCCUCCGGACGAACAAGACUCUCCUCAACAAGCUCAACCUAACCCUUGUUUCGAUCCUCAAGCAGGAAUGGCCCCAUAACUGGCCCGCAUUCAUCAACGAGAUUAUCGCCUCGUGCCACUCGAGCAUCCCGAUCUGCGAAAACAACAUGGUCAUUCUAAGGCUACUGUCCGAGGAAGUUUUUGACUUCUCCCAAGAUAAAAUGACCUCCUCGAAAGCGAAAGACAUGAAGGCGACGAUGUGCGAGGAGUUCACAUCAAUAUACCAGCUUUGUCUAGAGAUCUUGCGCACUGCUGGUCAAGCGACCCUAAUCCGCGCUACACUGGAGACAUUGCUUCGAUUCCUCAGUUGGAUCCCGCUUGGUUACAUUUUCGAGACUCCCGUGUCUGGCAUGAGCUUGAUUGAGACACUGCAAACCAGGUUCCUGGCUAUCCCGGAUUUCCGCAACAUUACGCUGAAAUGCUUGACCGAAAUCGCGGGCUUGCACACCGAUCCGCAAUACAACGAGAAGCUUGUUUCCAUGUUCACCGAUACGCUGACGGCUGUCUCUACCAUCAUUCCCCUCUCUCUCGACUUGAAGUCCACCUAUUCGAACAGCAAUAAUCGGGACCAAGAAUUUGUUCAGAACCUUGCAUUGUUCCUGUGCAACUUCUUCACGAUGCACCUUCCAGUCGUCGAGAAUCUACCUAACCGCGAUUUCUUGACGCACGGUCAUUUCUAUCUUAUCCGAAUCAGCCAAAUCGAUGACCGAGAGAUCUUCAAGAUUUGUCUAGAUUACUGGACCAAGCUGGUGUCAGAGCUAUACGAAGAGGUGCAGCAGCUCCCUCUCACCGACCCCAACCCUUUGGUGAGUCUGGGCCUGGCUGGUCUCAAUUCCGGUGCGCGGGAUCCUGCAAUGCUAGAGAACCUUCCUCUGCGCAAGCACAAGUACGCCGAGGUCUUGUCGAACCUGCGAACUGUGAUGAUUGAGAAGAUGGUCCGUCCUGAAGAAGUUCUCAUUGUCGAAAACGACGAGGGCGAAAUCGUGCGCGAGUUCGUGAAAGAGAGCGAUACGAUCCAGCUUUACAAGUCCACAAGGGAAUGCUUGGUCUAUCUUACGCACUUGGAUAUCGCUGAUACCGAAGUAAUCAUGUCGGAGAAGUUGGCAAGGCAGAUGGAUGGCUCCGAAUGGUCAUGGUCGAACUGCAACACUUUGUGUUGGGCCAUCGGUUCCAUAUCCGGCGCCAUGAAUGAGGAAACUGAGAAGAGAUUCUUGGUCACUGUCAUCAAGGACCUUUUGGGUCUGACUGAGAUGAAACGUGGGAAAGAUAACAAAGCCGUGGUUGCCAGCAAUAUCAUGUAUAUUGUUGGGCAGUACCCGCGGUUCUUGAAGGCUCAUUGGAAGUUCUUGAAAACUGUCGUCAACAAGCUUUUCGAGUUCAUGCAUGAGACCCACGAAGGUGUACAAGAUAUGGCUUGCGACACAUUUAUCAAGAUCGCGAACAAAUGUCGCAGACAUUUCGUGGCAACUCAGCCUGGCGAGACCGAGCCGUUUAUUGACGAGAUCGUGCGCAACCUGCCGAACAUCACAAAAGAUCUCUCGCAUCAGCAGGUCCACACUUUCUAUGAGGCGUGCGGCUUCAUGAUCAGCGCUCAGGGGCAGAAGUCUGUGCAAGAACGACUCAUCCAGGACCUCAUGGCCUACCCCAACCAAGCCUGGACCAGCAUCAUUAAACAAGCGCAUGUGAACCCAUCCAUUCUCGAGGAUGCCGACACCAUCCGAGUCAUUGGCAACAUCAUGAAGACCAAUGUGUCCGCCUGCAGUUCGAUUGGAACCUACUUCUACCCUCAAAUCGGGAGAAUAUAUCUGGACAUGUUGACCAUGUAUCGAGCAAGCAGUACGCUCAUUGACGAGGCUGUACAACGGGAUGGUCCGAUUGCAACAAAGAUGCCUCGAGUUCGUGGACUGCGCACGGUCAAGAAAGAGAUCCUCAAAUUGAUCAACACGUAUGUCGAAAAGGCGGACGAUCUCGAGAUGGUUCACACUAGCCUGGUGCCACAACUGCUGGAAGCGGUGCUCUUAGAUUACAAGAAGAACGUUCCAGACGCCCGAGAAGCGGAAGUGCUCAAUGUGAUGACGACGAUCAUCAACAAGUUGCAUGGCCUGAUGGAAGAUCAGAUCAUGAACAUCCUCGACUCGGUCUUCGAAUGCACGCUGGAGAUGAUCAACAAGGAUUUCUCCGAGUACCCCGAACAUCGUGUCGAGUUCUUUAAACUUCUGCGCACGAUCAAUCUUCGCUGCUUCCCCGCUCUCCUUCGCCUCGAUAACCGCCAGUUCAAAUUCAUCAUCGAUUCCUGCAUGUGGGCGAGCAAGCACGACAACCGUGAAGUCGAGAGCGCCGGUCUCCAGAUGUGCAACGAGCUCAUCAUCAACAUGUCCGAAAUGGAACCGCAAAUCUCCAACCAGUUCUUCCAAACUUACUACACGUCCAUCCUGCAAGACGUUCUCUUCGUCCUCACGGACAGCGAUCAUAAGGCCGGCUUUAAGUCGCAGUCGUUGCUGCUGCAGAAGAUGUUCUACCUGAUCGAUUGCGGGAAAAUACAGGGCCCGGUCUAUUCGGCCGACAUGGCCCCUCAGGGAACGUCGAACAAGGAGUUCCUCAAGAAUUUCGCAGGCAACCUACUUGCCAAUGCAUUCCCGAAUCUCACACCGUCACAAAUCGCGACCUUCCUUGAAAACCUGUUCAACUCUACUACCGACGUGAACCGAUUCAAGUUGCUCCUUCGAGACUUCUUGAUCUCCCUCAAGGAGUUCGCCGACGACAACGCCGAGCUCUUUGCAGAGGAUCGCGAACUCGCCGCUAAGCAGGCCAAGGAGCAAGAAAGGGAGCGCGCGAUGAAGGUUGGCGGGUUGCUGAAGCCCAGCGAGAUGGACGACGACGAGUUGUGACUGCGGGAAGAGUUGGACGUGACGACCGCUACGAGAACUGGUUGGGAUACCCAGGCUGUCGAUCAGCCGCCACCGGAAGGAUCGAAGGAGAGCGGCGCGUGGGAUGGUUUCCACGCCUACGGUUUAUGAUCGAGGGACAAGGUGAGUGCGCGCGGUGGUCAAGCUGGUGAUGCGUUGCAGGAGGGUUGCGGCUCCGCGGCGAGUCCUCGGUGCGACAAACGGCCCGGCUCGGCCUGCGUGGGCAAAAAGUACUAGACAGUGUGCGAUAGGAAGGAUGUGAGCAAUGAGCAUAUGUUGAUUAGCCUGGCGAUUCCCUUGCGGCUGUUCCCGUUGGGAUCGGUUCAUCCGUCGCGAUGCUGUAGGUCGGACAAUA